AUGCCUUCUCCUCCCUGCCUGCGUCAUCGCCAUUCUCACUUUACUAGCAAGUUGCAGUAUCCAUUUCCUGGCCACCGUUGUGAUCGCGCGGUCCUUCUUUCCAGUUCCCGGAUUCUGCUAUUCGGCAGACAGCCAUCCUCUUCGCCGGGAGACAACCCAGCAGAGUUACCAAUCUGGAGAGUGUAUUUCCUAUAGGAGUUAAGGACCACUGUUUCCCCGCCCUGUCAUUCUUCUGCUUGCCUGUUCAAAAGGCAUUUGCAGGCUUUUCUGAGCAUCAAUAGAAGUGAAAAUGCAAGGAGCAGCUCAUACAUUAUUGUCGCAUGGAAGCAUGAUAAGGAAUGCAGUUCUGAAGCAUGUUCGUGUUGUCAGCCGACCUACUGUCUUCUCACGCCUCAUGUCAGUUUCAUCUGCCCGAAUGGAAGAACAUGGAUUUGAAAGCACAACAAUCGCGGACAUUCUGAAAGCAAAAGGGAAAAGUGCGGAUGGCUCCUGGCUCUGGUGCACCACGGAUGACUCUGUUUAUGAUGCUGUGAAGUCGAUGACUCAGCAUAAUGUUGGAGCCCUGGUGGUCGUGAAACCCGGAGAACAAAAAUCCAUUGCAGGAAUUAUCACAGAGAGAGAUUAUCUGAGGAAAAUCAUAGUUCAGGGGAGGUCGUCAAAAUCAACUAAAGUUGGAGACAUUAUGACUGAAGAGAACAAGCUUAUUACAGUCACACCUGAUACAAAAGUACUGAAAGCAAUGCAAUUGAUGACUGAUAACCGGAUCAGGCACAUCCCAGUUAUCAAUGAUACAGGAAUGAUGGGCAUGGUGUCCAUUGGGGAUGUGGUUCGUGCUGUUGUCAGUGAGCAUCGUGAGGAGUUGGACAGGCUGAAUGCUUUUAUACAGGGAGGCUACUAGAUAAUGAAGAUUGUGAUUGCGGUGAUGCUAACUAUGAUGAUGAUGAUGAUGAUGGUCUGCCAUUUAGUUUUUCUGUGCAACGUGUUUGUGAUGGUUGGAACAUCAGUGAGCAGACCGAGAUUCUCUUGUAUAUAUGGGUGUCCUUUUGUAGUCUGAGCCUUCAUCGUGCUGUUUGUGUGGCUUUCCCGUGUUCAACUACCUGCAGCAGGCAGGUCUUCAAUAAAGUUGUAACAGUAAUAAGCAUCGUGAUGUUCCUUCACAUUAUGUCUAUCUGCAAUUACAUCCGCACGGCUUUUUUUUAAAAGCUUAGGCUAA